UUCAACAUCAGUCUAUAGCCGAAGCUUGUAUCGUUCAGUUCGCAUUUGGAAAAGUUUAACUUUUCGCAUAAAGGAUUUUUGAUUUUUAUUCAAAAAUCAAAGUUAUUUAUAAAUAACUUUAAAUUAAAAAAGAAAAAGAAAAAAAAACAAACUCGGAAAAAAUGGCCAAAAUUAUUUUAAGUGCUGUUGUGUGUUUAGCCAUGUUUGGCUCAAUGGCCCUGGCUGCUGGUUCCUGUCCCCAGGCUAAUGGCACCUAUCCCGUGUCUGGAUCCUGUGAUGCCUAUAUUGAGUGUAAAAAUGGUGUGGCCGAAGAGAAAUUGUGUCCCGAUGGUCUAUUGUUUAAUGAAAAAUCCACCGGCUAUCCCUGUGGCUAUCCCAUCGAUGUGGAGUGUGAUCAACCCCAGGCUAGGACCCAACCGCCACAGGCCACCGAAGAUUGUCCACGCCAAUUUGGCUACUAUCGCAUGGGUGAUUCAAAGAAUUGUGGUCAAUUUAAGAACUGUGCUUCGGGACGUGGUUACAUUUUCGAUUGUCCCGAUGGUUUGGCUUGGAAUCCUGCCACCUAUAGAUGUGACUGGCCCGAUGUAGUUGAAGACUGUGAUGCUGAGGCUUUCUUGGGUUUCAAGUGUCCCCCCUUGCCGGCCAGAUCUCCCCUGCUGGGUGAACCCGAGGAGGAAUACACCUUCUAUCCAUCGCCCAACAAUUGCCAACAAUAUUUCCUGUGCAUCGAAGGACGUCCCAGACGUAUCUCCUGUGGUGAAGACCAGGCCUUCAAUGAAGAGCUGAAACAGUGUGAUGAUAUUGAAAAUGUACCCAGCUGCAGUCCUGAAAUCAAGCAGAGAGGAAUUGAAAUUAAGAAUGCCCGUUUGUCAGCCGCUGCUGCCAGAAAGGCCGGCCAUAAAUAAAGACCACAAUGAGGAGGCGAUUGUUAAGUUUUUUUAAUUUUGCCUAUUUCCGAUAGAAUUUUUUUCUAGUCCAUAGUUGAAAUAACGAAUAUUUUUUUCUUACACAAAUAUAUAUAUGUUUUUUAUAAAUGUUAAUUGGUUAUUGUACCGAUACAAGACGAAUUCUAAUAAACUAAUUUGACCAUAA